UUAGAAAAACAUAAUUGAGGCAACAAAGUGAGGAACCUCUCUACCUUAUCUGGCUCUAUUUUCCCACGAUUGCACCACCUGGGCAUGCUUCAUUUUUUCCUUCUGCAGAAUUGUAUUACAGUAUUAGCAUGGCCUGUAGCCUUCUUACGUUGUCUACUGGUGCACUAGGCCUAUCCCAUGCAUUCCCUGUAACAACAAAACUUUUCAAUCCUUCUCUUCGGAGGUCAUCUUUUUUGGGUUGCUCCUUAAAAUUAAGUUCUAGUGGAAGAAGAACACAGUUUUCUCAGUUGAUCAUGGGAAGGCCAUCAUAUCUAAUUCAUCCGUUCACUGGCAAAGGAUGGAAGCCUGUGACAGUUAUGGCCGCAAAAGGAUAUAAAAUGAAAACCCACAAGGCAUCAGCUAAGAGAUUUCGAGUGACUGGAAAAGGAAAGAUAGUACGUCGGCGAGCUGGGAAGCAGCACUUAUUGGUCAAGAAGAACACAAAAAGGAGGAAUCGUCUCUCUAAAAUGGCUUAUGUAGACAGAAGUGAUUAUGACAAUGUGAUUCGAGCAUUGCCGUACUUAAAAGUCAACAGAAAAGCAACAUAAAUUAUCAGGCUCUGAUGCGUAUCAUUCUUCUUCGGAAUGAUUUCUUUCAUGGAGGAUAUGUGUAAUCUCAAAUGUCGACUACCUCCUACCUGUACUGUAUUGAAUGUGGUUUUAAAUUACAAUUACUACCUUAAAUUCAAAAUAUGCCUUUGCAGGAAGAGAUUUGUGGAUUGUCUUGUUUAAUUUGAGAGGAUUUUGCAGUCC